CCCAAUCUACAGUAGCCAUUUUAACUGCAUAAAACUGCUGGAUUUCUUUUUACUUUCUGGCUCUUGGGACUAUACAAACACCUUAAAACAAAUUAAGGAUGGGGAGAAAGGAGUGAGAGCUUGAGUGAUUCAAACUGCUCUUGACGGUUUCAAGGAAAUUGGUUGCUGGCUGACUAAGAAAAUGAAACGUUCUGAUGGCCUAGAUUUUGGGGAGUCUGGAAGCAAGUGGAUGACUUUACCUCGCUGGGAGCUUCAGAGCACUCUACUUUAUGCCUUAUUACAAUCUUUCUGAGGCCUAAAUACAGGGGUGAAAGGUUAUCUUUCUGAGGACAACAUUUCAGGAAAAGUUUCCCCGGGUUUGUUUGAGCAGGGAAGAGGCCAGGAAGAUUGGCUGUCCAGGAAUUAUUGUCCCAGACACUUGAUUCAUUUCAUAAUCUUGUUUUCCUGCCUGACUGGAUCGUAGAAACAGUCUCCAUUCCUUUACAUUUAAGAGGUUUUUUUUUUUUUCUUUUGUGGAACUGAGACCUGGGAAUGCUUUAUUAUGGCAGCAGUUGUACAACAGAAUGAGCUCGUGUUUGAAUUUGCCAGCAACGUCAUGGAGGAUGAGCAACAGCUUGGUGAUCCAUCCAUUUUCCCUGCUGUCAUUGUGGAACAUAUUCCUAGUGCAGACCUCCUGCACAAUUAUUCUGGCUUAGCUUGCGUUGAUGAAUCCAGUGACAUGAUUACUGAGAGUUCCCUGGAUGUUGCAGAAGAGCAAAUAAUAGAAGAUGAUGACAUCACCCUUACAGUUGAAGCAUCUUGUCAUAAUGGAGAUGAAACCAUGGAAACUAUUGAAGCUGCUGAGGCACUUCUCAAUAUGGACUCCCCUGGUCCUAUGUUGGAUGAAAAAAGAAUAACAAAUAUGUUUGGUACAUCUGAAGAUGAAAUUAUUGUUGCUCCUGUUACUCAUGUAUCUGUCACACUUGAUGGGAUCCCUGAGGUUGUAGAGGUUCACCAAGUUCAAGACUCUUAUGCUGAAUCAUCAGACACUCCAGAACUUGAGCAGCCUAAGAAGAAGAAAGGAAAAAAGUCCAAAUCUUCUCGUCCUGAAUCCCCUACAACAACUCCAAACAUAUCAGUGAAAAAGAAAAACAAAGAUGGAAAGGGAAAUACAAUUUAUCUUUGGGAGUUUCUCUUAGCACUGCUCCAGGACAAAGCUACGUGUCCCAAAUAUAUCAAAUGGACUCAAAGAGAAAAGGGCAUUUUUAAACUGGUAGAUUCCAAGGCUGUGUCCAGAUUGUGGGGAAAGCACAAAAACAAACCUGAUAUGAAUUAUGAAACAAUGGGCAGAGCUCUCAGAUACUAUUACCAAAGAGGUAUACUGGCUAAAGUAGAAGGUCAGCGUUUGGUGUAUCAGUUUAAAGAAAUGCCGAAAGAUCUUAUCUACAUAGAUGAUGAGGAUCCGAGUCCCAGUACCGAGUCUUCAGAUUCCUCUUUAUUGUCAACAACUUUGACUAAUAGAAACCAAUCAGGCAGAUCUAGAGCAUCUUCUAACAUAGGAACAAGAGGAGGAUCCACCACAGUUCUAAAAACAACAGGGAACUCUAAGUCUACUAAACUUAAGGACCCUGUGGAAGUCGUACAACAACAGAUACCUGGUUUUACAACUGACGUUUUGAGGACAAUGCAAUCUGCACAGCCAAUACAUCCAACUCAGCUUUUUCGGACAGUUCAUGUAAUGCAGCCAGUGCAAUCCAUCGCAGAAGGACAUGCAACUGUAACUAGUAACAUGCAGGAUGAAACAUUACAUUCCUCUGUUCAGAACAUAAGGACUUUACAGACCCCAGCCCAAGUUCCAGUGGUUGUUUCACCUGGAAACCAGCAGUUGCAUACUGUAACCCUCCAGACAGUGCCUCUUACAACAGUGAUAGCCAGCACAGAUCCAGCAUCAGCAACAACAUCUCAAAAAUUUAUUCUCCAAGCCAUUCCUACUUCACAGCCGAUGACAGUACUUAAAGAAAAUGUCAUGCUGCAGUCUCAGAAGCCAGUCUCCUCUUCUUCAUCUAUUGUCUUUAGCCCAGCCCAAGUUCAACAGGUUCUCACCAGCAAUGUGCAGACCAUUUGUAAUGGAACAGUCAACAUGGCUUCAUCUUCAUCCUUCAGUGCUACUACUCCUGUGGUAACUUUUUCACCUAGCAGUUCACAGAUGGUUACUCAUCCACCUGGCACAGUGAUCACUUCAGUUAUCAAAGCACCAGAAACUAAACAGACUGUUACACAAGAAAUGAUGAAAGAGGAGGUAGAAGAGAACACAACAGCUGAUACUGAGCAGUCAGAGCAGAGGUUCCAGCAGCAGCCUUUUGUGAUGGUGGUAUCCAAUUCAAAUGGAUUUCCAUCUAACAUGCAAGUGAAACAGGAAAGUGAACAGUUGGAAUCCAAUUUAUAUUAACAAACAAAAAAAUCCCUGUGGAUGAUUAUUUUCAUAAAUGUGAUGGGACCUUUACAGUAUAUAUAUGAUUUGAUUCUGAAACAGAUGUUACAAAGCUACUUAAUUUCUACAGUUAAUUGUUAGAAGUCAUGCAUUAGAAUGAGUUUUGAUUUUCUGUUAAUUGCUAAAUGUUAUAAAAAUAUAAAAUUAUGCAGUGCUCGUUUUUCAAAACACAAGCAUGAAGGAACAUGCAUUUUAUACUAUGAAGACUUUCUGUUGAUUUUUUUGUCAAAAGUUCCAAAUUUCUUACAUAUUAUGCAUUUUCAGUCUUGCUAAUUUACAUUGCAAUAUCAUAUUAUAACAUUUUCUGUUUAAUCUAUAAAUGUGUCAUUUAACUUUUAAAACAACCAUUACUUUCUACAGAACAGCAUUUUCAUUCCGUGUGUGUGAAUCUUAUCAAGUUUACCAAAUAGUUAUUGCAUACCAAUGAACUAUGUCAGAUUUUACUUUGAAUAAUGGACAGUGGCAACAAGCUUCCUCCUGUUGCAUUUUUGCAGCACAGUCAUUUGGGUGUGCAAAAUAAAAAUACACUCCCAUUAAGAGAAUACAUAAAGCAUUUACAUAUACCAAUAAUGGACAAUGCCAGAUCUAUAUUUUUUUAUAUACACACAUCAAAUAUACUUAAUUACAGAAACUAGUGGCAUUGCUACGGGUGCAAUUAUUUCAUACUAUUUUGUGGCUAUGAAGUUAAACAAUCUUGCUUUCUUUUUCAGAUUAUUUUGUUAUGGGGGAAAAGUGAAAUGUAUACAAUUUAUGCAAGUUUUCUGAGAUUAAUACUUUUAUGAGACCCUUUUUCAAUUGUAAAUAAUGUACAUUUAAUUUCACAAAAAAGUUUUUCAGCUAAUUUGUUUCCAUAGAGCAAUUUUUGAUAGAUACAAAUAAGAUCACUAUGUUUAGAGAUCUAAUGUUAUAUGUAUUCAUAUUACAGAGUGCAUUUGUAUUUAAAGACAAAUUUUUAAAUGACGGGACCCUUUUGAACCUGGGUUCUUUGUCAUUUUGUAUUUUUAAUUGGUUUAUUAUGAAAAUAAAUCAAGUGGAAAUUUU